AUGCAUCAACUUCUCCUCAUCUCGGAGCUCCUGGAGCUGAUCUUCGAGUACAUCGACGAGCCAGCGACCUAUGCUCAACUAGCGAGUGUCUGCAAGGACUUGAAGGAGCCCUCCCUUGAUGCACUUUACGCGGAUGUUCGAUGUUUCCCGAGGUUCCUCACCUGUAUGCCGUCGGAUUUGUGGUGCAUCCAGAAUCAGCGUUUCGGUUUCAAACGCGAUGUAAUUCGGGAUGACUGGGACAAGCUAUACUCGUAUGCCAAGCGCGUAAAGACCGUCGUCGUAGAGAAGAACAACAGAGACAUCUUUGUUGCCGAUGAAGUGGCCGAAGCCCUGUUGAAACUUUCUCCUUUCCCUACCCUUUUCCCUCAGCUGCACACCCUAUACAUAUAUGGUUACGAGCACUUUGAGCCAAUACACUACGUCUUGAUGGCACCGACGCUGCGCUCCCUAUACGUCAGGGACAUCGAGACGUCUUGUUUCCUCGAUGGGGCUCCCGAUCUUCCGACAUUGUGUCCCCUAAUCGAGUACUUCAGCUGUUGGGACAACGGGAACCUUCGACUUCCCGGGAGAAUGAAGAAGAUGACGGACACGCUAAGUCGCUUGAACUGUCUGCGCAGCGUUGAUUGUGGUCCUCUUGAUGCAGAUGUUGUCGAGCACCUCUCAGGCGUAAAGCACCUCUCGUCGAUAAGAGCCCCAGUCAUAGCUUCGGACUCUUGGAUUGGCUUGCACGUCGGGAUCCCCGCCCUGGAUGAUCUCAGGUUGCAGGUCGAUACUUUUGAGACGUUCUCUCAAGCUGUGUGGGCGCUUUUCACCCACCCCCUUUCAGAAUCUCAUGCAGACCAGCCACUCGCACGACUGCGAUCUGUGACGAUGAACGUGUCUCAACUGCCAGGUACAGCUCCAAUUACUGGGCCAUCGACAUCACCGUCGCUCAUCACCAGCGCUCUUGCCGCUUGUGUUUCCCCUGAGAACCUCACCACUAUCAAGCUCGCUGACUACUGGACGAGCACCCAAACCACUGGGCGCUUUACACACGCCGACCUCGCCCCUCUCUGCGUAUUCGCACAUCUCACUUCCCUUACGAUCAAAUUCCAGAGUCAGCCCCUUUCACUCGACGACGCGCAGCUCGCUGACCUCAUCGUGCACUGGCCGCGCCUCACUUCUCUGCAUCUCGCCAAGCUCGAGCGCCCGCUCAACUUGGCUAGCCUGAUUGCGGUUCUCCGUGCAUGCCCAGAUCUGCGCCAGAUGGAGCUGCUCAUCAAAGCCGAACCUACAGACGUUACCGCGCUGCUCCGUGAUCCCACCUCUAGCGAUGGUAUCGUAUACGAUGAUACCACUGGCUGCAGCCUCCCAUGCAACACGUAUGUCACCUGGAUGGACAUGUAUCACGCGACCGAAGAGCCUGAGGACGCAGUUCCAUUCGCUCGGCUGCUUCACCGCAUUCUCCCGUCGCUCAAGUCGUGUGAUCGAUCUGUCUCAUCGAAUAGCGAUGCGGUCAGCGCACAGGAGGCAAGACAGUGGCUGGAGCACACGCGGAGGACGCCGAAUGGUCGGGCAGAAUCUUUCAGGGGAUGGAGAACGAUGUUCUGGCAGCUCGUGUUCGCGCUUAUGAGAGGCGAGGAGGACUUGGGAGUGUCCGGAGACAUGGGCACAAGUGCUUCGACGGUGAUACGGGUCAGAGAUCAGUUUCGUAGCUUACUCGGACAUGUACUCGGAUAAAUAGCACAGAAGGGUUCCGAUACUAUCCUAUCGGUUUACGCUAACGAGCACUUAGAGACGGGUGCCAUGUUUUUCC